UUAACACCGGUGUAUGCGUUCGUGAUAUUGCUGCAUGCCACGUGGCUGCUGAAGCUGCAAACUGGCCCACUGUGGCGCUGGGGCGCCGAAACGGAGCAAACAUUCUGCCGCCGGAACUGGUGGACGAACCUACUGUACAUCAACAACUACGUACAUGCUGACGAGCCAUGUGUCCAGCAGGCAUGGUACCUUGGUGCCGAGUUUCAAAUAUUCAUCAUCGCACUGAUCGUGCUGGUUACGAUCGUAAAGAUCCCCCGUGCAAAGGUCUCCAUACUGGGAUUGGUGCUACUUGCAGGCUACGUCAUUCCCGCGCUCUUCAUCUACUACCAAAAGCUAGAGGGAACGUACAUUAUCACUUUAGAAGCCCAACGGUAUAUCUUUUGGUACGACAAGUUUUACCUGAAAUCAUACAUCCCGACGCACAUCAACUUCGGGAACUACAUCCAGGGCGUGCUGACGGGCGUUAUCUACAACGAGCUGCAGAAGCGGUCGAUCAAUCUGGCGCAAAGUAAAGUAUUUCGCGCCGUAUGGUAUCUUACCUUCGCGAUCGUAUUCCUCUCGAUGCUGCCGUCCUACAUGUUCUACGUGAAUGACUUCCCCACGCCAUCGGUCUGGAUGGCUGCGUACUUUGUCGUGUCAAAGAAUCUGUACGGCAUCGGUACAGGGAUCGUGAUUCUGGGCCUGAUUUACGGUGUGAAUGGGGUGUUCAAACGUGUGCUAAACUAUCCGUUCUUUGAACCGCUUGGACGGUUGUCGUACGGUGCGUUUCUGGUGCAUCCGUUCGUGAUGCGCCUCAUGUUUUUCAGUGCACGCGGACCGGUUCACUACAGUGACUUACUGACGCUUUCUCUGGUGUUUGGAGCAACGGUUAUGUCCUGCCUAAUGGCAUUGGUGCUUUGUCUGCUCAUUGAGCUCCCCACUACUGCGCUACAGAAUCAUCUAUUUGGAAGCUUUAAAGAGCAAAAAAUGAACCAUACAGAUCGAGAAAGUGGAACCAAUGGUACCAAUCAAACGCUCAUCAACCCUGGCCUUGUUGGGAAGCAAAGUGAACUAUAAGCGGCAUGAGUACAAUUUGUAUAUCUCAUAUUCAUCAGAAACAAUUCAAAAGUUCGUCCAAUUAGCAACACUAAUUUAAAGUGCAUCAUUCUGUUUAUUUAGAUACAAAUAAAUCAUUCUUAGUGUGAAUCAUCAAUUACUCGUUUGCAUUUUUAAGACCAAAACAAAAUCAAAACCAUGGUAGGAGAUAUUAAAAACCAAAACACCAACAUAACCACGAAAGAAAACUGUCCCGAUAAACAUCGUAACUUUCACCCCGCUCCGUCUUUUCGUUUGACGUCACGGGC